CGUUCACACACAUACACGACUUGCGCACGGUCUGCCCUGGGCAUAGGUUUCAAGGGGAUACGCAACGCUUGUUUGCGCUUUCAUCGGCGGGGCUGACGUACGCGAGGUACUGUAUACUACGACUACGACUAGGAACUUGAAGCGACUAGGAUGGUUACGAACUCGGAGGACUUUUUGGCGCUGCCGGGGGUUUACAAGGCGUUGUUCUUGUAUGUUGAGCCUGCAUCGACGAUCGCGCCGGCUUUUCUGGCGUGGUUCUUCCCCGGCGCGAGAUGGUUCCACCACGAGCUGAUCCCGUUCGCGCCGCCGCUGGGGGGCUUGGAUGCGCGCACUGUGAUGGCGGUGUGGCAGCUUGGGAACUGUUAUCUGCUGCUGGGUAUGAUCUCGUCGCUUGUGUUCCGCGCGGUGAGGGAUACGUUGCCGCAGGAGCCGGCGAAGCAGGAGAGGAUUUUGGGCGCGAGUAUGACGGCGCUUGCUGUUGCUGAUGUUACUCACAUUGCGGCGUCGUUCAUCGGGCUGCCGGCUGAGCUGCGGUAUGUGCCCUGGACGUGGAACCCGAUGACGCAUGGGAAUAUUAGCUUUGUGGUUGUUCUUGUCAGCAUGAGGCUGGCGUGGUUCGCGGGCAUCGGGAGGACGAGGUAUUAUUAUGGACAAGGGGGCAAGAUCAAGAAGAAACGUUGAUCGGAGGAUAGGAUGGGCUUGUUUCGACGCUAUGCAUCUGAAGGUUACAGGGCUUUUGUACUGAUGCUUGUGUUUACCUUGUAUUCUGCUGUACGUUUGAGGCGUGACAAUGAAUUAAUCUCUGCAAAGG